AUGCCUGCUGUGGCUUCAGUUCCUAAAGAACUCUACCUCAGUUCUUCACUAAAAGACCUCAAUAAGAAGACAGAAGUUAAACCAGAGAAAAUAAGCACUAAGAAUUAUGUACAGAGUGCCCUGAAGAUCUUCAAGACUGCAGAAGAAAGCAGAUUAGAUCGUGAUGAGGAAAGGGCCUAUGUGCUGUAUAUGAAAUAUGUGACUGUUUAUAAUCUUAUUAAAAAAAGACCUGAUUUCAAGCAACAGCAGGACUACUUUCAUUCUAUACUUGGACCUGCAAACAUCAAAAAAGCUAUUGAAGAAGCUGAGAGACUCUCUGAAAGCCUUAAACUCAGAUAUGAAGAAGCUGAAGUUCGGAAAAAACUUGAAGAAAAGGACAGACAGGAGAAAGAGCAGCUGCAGAAACAGAAAAAGCAGGAAGCAGAAAGAGAGGAUGAUGGCACAUCAGAUAAAAGUUCUUUGGAAAAGGUACUCGAUGCCAAAGACAAAACCCAAAAGAUAAAUGGUGAAAAGAGUGAAAAAAAUGAGACUACAGAGAAAGGAGCAAUCACAGCGAAGGAGCUAUACACAAUGAUGAUGGAUAAAAACAUCAGCUUGAUUAUAAUGGAUGCUCGAAGAAUGCAGGAUUAUCUCGAUUCCCAUAUUUCAGAUUCUCUCAGUGUUCCUGAAGAAGCCAUCAGUCCAGGAGUCACUGCUAGUUGGAUUGAAGCAAACCUUCCAGAUGAUUCUAAAGACACAUGGAAGAAGAGGGGGAGUGUGGAUUAUGUGGUCCUUCUUGACUGGUUUAGUUCUGCAAAAGAUUUACAACUUGGGACAACUCUACGGAGUCUGAAAGAUGCACUUUUCAAGUGGGAAAGUAAAGCUGUCCUGCACAAUGAACCUUUGGUUUUAGAAGGAGGCUAUGAAAACUGGCUCCUUUGUUAUCCACAGUAUACAACAAAUGCUAAAGUUACACCACCCCCACGAGGCAAGAAUGAAGAGGUGUCUGUCUCAUUGGACUUUACUUACCCUUCACUGGAAGACUCAGUUCCUUCUAAACCUACUGCCCAGAUGAUACCUCCUAUAGAAAUCAGUGAAAAUACAGAAUUGAUAAACAGUCAAAAUGAGAGAAUGGGACCACUGAAUAUAUCAGCUCCAGUUGAACCAAUUGCUGCUUCUAAAUCUGAUGUCUCACCCAUAAUUCAGCCAGUGCCUAUUUUAAAGAAUAUUCCACAGAUUGAUCGUACUAAGAAACCGGCAAUCAAAUUGCCUGAAGAUCAUAGAAUAAAAUCUGAAAGUACAGAUCAUGAGGAACAGUCUCCUCAGAGUGAAAAAGUUGUUCCUGAUCGUUCCACAAAACCGGUAUUUCCCCCUCCAACUGCCAUGUUAACAGAUGAAGAAAAAGCUCGUAUUCAUGCAGAAACUGCUCUUCUAAUGGAAAAAAACAAACAAGAAAAAGAACUUAGAGAAAGGCAGCAAGAGGAGCAAAAAGAGAGACUGAGGAGGGAAGAACAAGAACAAAAAGACAGAAAGGAACAAGAAGCUGAAGAAAAUGAAAUCACAGAGAAGCAACAAAAAGCAGAACAAAUGGAGAGGAAAGAAAGUGAACAGGCCAGGAAAGAAGAUAAAGAAACUUCAGCAAAGAGGGGCAGAGAAAUAACAGGAAUAAAAAGACAAAGUAAAAGUGAACAUGAGACUACUGAUGCCAAGAAAUCUGUAGAAGAUAGGGGGAAAAGGUGUCCAACCCCAGAAGUGCAGAAGAGGUCAACAGGAGAUGUGCCUCAUGCCUCUGUGGCAGGAGAUUCAAGUUCAGGCAAGUCUCGAGAGCCUUUGACAAGAGCAAGAAGUGAAGAAAUGGGGAGGGUUGUACCAGGACUGCCGUCAGGCUGGGCCAAGUUUCUUGAUCCCAUCACUGGAACUUUUCGUUACUAUCAUUCGCCUACCAACACUGUUCAUAUGUAUCCACCGGAAAUGGCUCCUUCAUCCGCACCUCCUUCCACCCCUCCAACUCAUAAAGCCAAGCCACAGAUUCCUGCUGAGCGGGAUAGGGAACCAUCUAAACUGAAGCGCUCCUACUCCUCCCCAGAUAUCACCCAGGCCAUUCAAGAGGAAGAGAAGAGGAGGCCAACAGUAACUCCAGCAGUUAAUCGGGAGAACAAGCCAACAAGCUAUCCUAAAGCUGAGAUCACAAGGCUUUCUGCUUCUCAAAUUCGGAACCUCAAUCCUGUUUUUGGAGGAUCUGGACCAGCUCUCACUGGACUUCGUAAUUUAGGAAAUACUUGUUACAUGAACUCAAUACUACAGUGCCUGUGUAAUACGCCACAUCUGGCUGAUUAUUUCAACCGCAACUGUUACCAGGAUGAUAUUAAUAGGUCAAAUUUGUUGGGACAUAAAGGUGAAGUGGCGGAAGAAUUUGGCAUAAUCAUGAAAGCCCUGUGGACAGGACAGUACCGGUACAUCAGUCCAAAAGACUUUAAAAUCACCAUUGGGAAGAUCAAUGACCAGUUUGCAGGAUACAGCCAGCAAGAUUCACAAGAACUGCUUCUGUUCCUAAUGGAUGGUCUCCAUGAAGAUCUUAAUAAAGCUGAUAAUCGGAAGAGACAUAAAGAAGAAAAUAAUGAUCAUCUUGAUGACUUUAAAGCUGCAGAACAUGCAUGGCAGAAACACAAGCAGCUCAAUGAAUCUAUCAUUGUUGCACUUUUUCAGGGUCAAUUCAAAUCCACAGUACAGUGCCUCACCUGUCACAAAAAGUCUAGGACAUUUGAGGCCUUCAUGUAUUUGUCUCUCCCACUAGCAUCUACAAGUAAAUGUACAUUACAGGAUUGCCUUAGGUUAUUUUCCAAAGAAGAAAAACUCACAGAUAACAACAGGUUUUACUGCAGUCAUUGCAGAGCUCGUCGGGAUUCCCUAAAAAAGAUAGAAAUCUGGAAGCUGCCACCUGUGCUUUUAGUGCAUCUGAAACGUUUUUCCUAUGAUGGCAGGUGGAAGCAAAAAUUACAGACGUCUGUGGACUUUCCAUUAGAAAAUCUUGACUUGUCGCAGUAUGUUAUUGGCCCAAAGAACAAUCUGAAGAAAUAUAACUUGUUUUCUGUUUCAAAUCACUACGGUGGGCUGGAUGGUGGCCACUACACUGCCUAUUGUAAAAAUGCAGCAAGACAGCGGUGGUUUAAAUUUGACGAUCAUGAGGUUUCUGAUAUUUCCAUUUCUUCGGUGAAAUCUUCAGCAGCUUAUAUCCUCUUUUAUACGUCACUGGGACCACGAAUAACUGAUGUAGCCACAUAA